CAAGCAGAGCCAAUCGAAACGAGACGCGAGGCGCCAGAGCGCAGCAAACGUUCGUUGCGACCGAACGACGCGAGGCAACGAAGCUCGGCAUCAUGUGCAGCAGAGUUCUCUCUACGACYAAGGUYUGGGGCURUCCCUCCACGGCACUCGGUGGCGACUCGGCUCGAAGCAUCGCCGACAGCCACAAAGACAGAGCGUCGUCGUCRUCAUCGUCACGUCGCCCACCACCCCUGAAGACCCUGCGCUUGUCGAAUGCGAUGCACCCGCAGUACAUCUCCUUUCAGGUUUUGCUGGCCAUCAAAUGUUCCUCCUACAACGCCUUGGCUUGCCAGGGUUUGGACCUGACACUACUCGACGAAAACAGCGAAAGCCACGCAAACGAGGAAACAAAAGCGGAGGCUGUGGCCACGAACGAAAUUGCAYCGGCCGCAUCCUUUUUGCAGCACCUACGGGUGCUGAUCUAUUCCCGAAACUGGCUGCGGAUCGAAUUCGAUCAGUGCAAGGGCAUCGAAUCCUUGUUCAGCGACUCGUCCGAGYCAAAGAUGGAUCUUGGUCUGAACACCACGAAGGUCGGCUUUCUGGUACUCAAGUUUCCGCGGUCGAACCGUGCCGCGGGCAACAAACACAAACGCUGCACGUACGACGCAAGCCACCACACAAACUUCUUCACAAAUCUGUGGAACCACUGGAGGGUUCAAAAACUGAAUCUUUCGAUGGAUUUCAMCCCCGCCUGGACAAAAGAAUUUUGCCGGAGCCGUUAUCACCAAAACACACACAACGACGACAMGAGCGACAACGCCAAUGGCGUUGCGAAUGGGGAAAMGGAAGAGGCUUAUCUUGGCUUGGAAGAACUCGAGCUCUAUCCCGCUUGUACCUGGCACCGUCGAAUUCCAAAGUCGACGAAAUCCAACGACGGGGAGCAACGCGACCCUUCCAUAGAGAACGGUUGCAGCUCCUCGGUGCAAGUCGCCGAUGACGCCCCGGAGGGAUCUUGCGGUGGCAGCGGUGCCGCCGCCGUCAAAACCAGCAACGACGAAGACGACGACGAAACCAUGGACUGCUGGGAAUACUUUUGCCGCCAGCUUCCGCUCCACCACCCGAGGCUCGGGUCUCUGUCGGUUCAGUGCAAAACCUCCGACGCCGACAUGGCCUACCUGAUCCGGCACUGCGUUUCGUCUCCKUUGUUUGUGGCCCUGCACACGCUGCGCUUCGGGAACAUGUGUUCCUGCGACGAGCAAAGCCUGGCGGCACUGGCCGGUGCUCUGGCCAAGCAGGCAGGGACAACCGCAUCGGCGCCGGCGUCCGCAACACCCAGCAAUCCCGGGGCCCGGCCCCGCUUGCCGCAGCGAUUGGAGAUCCUGUCCAUGUCCCGUGGCAGGAAACUCCYCUCCCCGUCCGCCGCCGGCCUCCUGGCCGGCGGCCAGCAGCAGCGGGGCCGGGUUUUGGAYGUCUGCCGGGCCCUGGCGGCCGCUUCGGUGCUCAAGCACCUCGARCUCUCCGACUAUUUCCUGGACCGGACCGACCUGGAGGCCCUCUUUGGAUCCCUCGUCGACAGCGGGGGAGCCAUACAGCGCCUCUCCCUGCUAUCCUGCGGCGUCGCCUGCAGAGGCGACUACAAACCGGUCAAGGAAUGCCUGGUCCGGAACGAGCUGCCCUUCCUCAAGGUCCUCCUCCUGCCCGAGGCGGCCUCGGGAAUCCUGGGCGAGGCCCUGCGGUUCAACACAUCGGUCGAAAACGUCAACUACUCCAGGGGCGGCAGCCCCACCCUCCGGUACUUUUUGGACCUGAACCGGGGCGGGAGGCGGAUUCUGACCACCGCGAGCACCACCACCUUCCACGCGGAUGCAGCGGCGGGGGACCGCGGCCACCACUGCCACGAGGACCAGCGGCAGCCUCCCGGGGGACUGGCAACCCGAACGACCCUGCCCGCGGUCUCGCCGGCGCUGUAUCCACGGAUCCUGGACCGGGCGUCGCACAUGACGAAACACGGAUACCUCGGGGGCGACCAACGAAAGUACGACGUAGUGUACUAUAUGCUGCGGAAUCGAAUCUUGUUGGAGAUGUAACCGUAUCUGAUAAAUAACAGUCCAUUGU